GAACCAAACGAUACACAGGAAAGUAAUAUUUUUGCGAAACAUCUACGAUUCGCCACCAUGGCCCCCGAGGACGGAACCGCCGAUCCCACGACCGUCACCACUUCCGAAAACGAUGCCGCGCCUGUGACCGACCCCAAGGGCAAGGGCAAGGCCCCGGCGGUCGAGGAGCCUGUUGAGGAUCACUCCAUGGCCGAGGACGACGACGAUGACGAUGAUGAUGAUGAGGACGUUGACGAGGAGCCCGAAGGUGCCGACGAGGACAAUAUGGAGGAAAUUGACCUUGAAAACGUCGUUGGCCGUCGCACCCGCGGCAAGGUGAUUGACUUUGCCAAGGCCGCUGCGGAGAAUCCUCCCGACGAAGACGAGGAUGACGAUGACGAUGACGAUUUUGUGGCCGAGGACGACCGGAUGGACGAGGAUUAGGCGUUUUUCCUGGUUGAUCUCCAGACUCCCGCCAGGCCAGCUUCGACCGCUGAGACGUGAUGACGGGAUGGGAUACGAUAUGAUGAAUGGAUAUGGCCCGCUUCCUCCAUGCUGGAUACUUUAGCGGUUCAGUGAUGGGAUGGAAGUGAGCAGUUACGGCGGCUGGUUGCUGGCCUGCUGAACAUCGGUACGAGGGGCCAUCAUUGCUACGAGCGAGCUGAUGCUCGCGGGUCGGAUGGAGUUGGCUGCAUUCAUGGGGUAUCAUUGGGUUUGGGUUGUCGCAUCGAGGGUUGAGCAACCAAAAUUACUUGUGACUUGAUGAUGAUGCCCUUCAGCUCGCCCUUCAGCUCGCCGUGUGUCGUCCCGCUGUGUAGACUCCUCGCCUCUUCAACGAGCGCACCUACCCCACCCUGCUUGCACCAGACCUACGCUGUAGGAGUGAAUGGGCAUUGGCAAUGCUGUCAUUGAUCCCACGGCAGCGAUCCACUCCUCUGCAGCUCCACUGUCUUGCCCGC